AUGUACCCCAACCCUCUCAUCUACUGCACCUGCUGGGACCCCUGGAACUUGGGACCACGGAAGCUAAUCAAGACCCCUCGGCCACCAACCAAGACCUCCAUAGGGAAGCCCAAGCUAACUCCUCUUCCUCCAGCUGCAAAAAAACAAAGUUGUGUUCAACCAACAACAAAACCUGUUGUUGCCCCAAAAGUGACAGUCGAUUUAGGAAAACAAGAGAGCAACACAUUACCUAAUGUGAGUAAAAACAGCAAGAGGGCCGGGGGACUAACAUUUAUUGAGUGCCUGCUGUGUGCAGGCAUAGGCCUUUUACACGAAGUGAUAAAUGUGUCACCUGGCUAUCGCCUCAUUCGAAAUAGGGAGCAGAUUUACGUCACCUUGGGAGAUGAAAUGUUUGAUAAGAAAAAGCAGUCGAAAUCAGAGAUCGUGGACAGAAUCAAAAUUUCCAGGACUGAUAUCAUUACUGACCUCGAAGAGCAGAUCUCAGAGCUGACCGUGAUCAUUGAGCAAAUGAACAGAGACCAUCAGUCUGCCCAGAAAUUGCUCUCCGAGGAAAUGGCUCUCCACUGUGCUGAGAUGCAGGAGAACUUCGAAAACAAGAACAGGGAGCUCAAAGAGGCUCACGCAGCAGAGCUCAGUCAGUUGGAGAACAACUACAAAGCAUCAUUGAAGGCAGAGAAGCUGGCUGCCCAAGAAAAACUAGAUGAGAUGGGAAAGGAAUAUAAGUAUUUGAAGAAUAUGUUUCAUAUGUAUCAGGACAGCAUUUAUGAUGAAAUGGAGGACAAGUGGUCGAAGAAGAAGGCAGAAUGGGAAAAGGAGGAGAAGUUGGAGCGGGAAAAGAUCCUGCUACAGCAAAAACAUAAAAUGACAAAAAAGUUUGAGUUAGAGUCAAUAGAAGAAAAGAAGAAAAUAAAUGAUUCCUACAGUGCCGUCUUUGAGAACUUCAUUCGAGAGAAGGAGGAGCUACUGAAACAACAUGAAAAGGAUACCUUACAAUUAGAGGAGCUAAGAAAGACCAAACAGGUCAUGGAGGAAGAGUUGAAUACACAAGCUGUUAUCCUAGAAACACUUAACACAACCCUCUACCAAACCCAGAUGGAACUUCAGAGAGAGAAAGCUACUGUGGGAAAUCUGGAGAAAAUGUUCCAGAUCAAGCUUGCUGAAGCUGAAGAAAAGUUUAAAUAUACCAUACAGCUUCUGACAGAAGAAAACAUUCAUCUAAGGCAAAAAAUAAUUGCCAAGAAUGAAGAAAUUUAUGAAGAACGAUCUGGGAAGUCAACCUCUAUUUAUGAGGAUGAUUCUGACACUUUAGAAGAUGACAGCAAUGAAAAACAAGAAUUGUGA